UCAAUCUUGUAAUUUUAGAAAAACUAUAGUUUAUUUUAGGAAAAAAAGAGAGUAGGUUUGCGUAAAUUUGAUGUGAUUUUGUGGAAUAUCUUGGGGUUCUAACCUAAAUAUGAAUGGAGAUUUGGCAAAUGAAGAAAAAAAACAUUUUUUCAGAAUUAUCAAUGCUUAUCGAUAUUAUCGGAUAUAUUCAAUUAAACGUCUAGAAAAGGGCAAAAAGUUUUUUGAUACAUUGCCUAUGUAUCAACAAAAAUGGAUUCCUACUUUUUCUUCAACAUAUGAGGAUAUGCUUACAGCAAUUAAUGCCAAUAAUCAAUUUAUAACUCAAAUUAUAAAACAUUCAAAACAUGUAUUUCAAAAUGGAUAUGACUAUUUUGAUAAAAGAUAUAAAAAUGAGGUUAUUAAAGAUUUGCAUUAUCAGAUCCCUUCACAGUUUGAUAUGGAAAAGGUAGAUAGCACUGUUAAACAAUUUUUUAGAGACUGGAGUUUAGAAGGAAAAUUAGAAAGAGAUAUUAGUUAUACCCCAAUAUUAAUUGAUCUGCAAUUAUUAUUCAAAGAAGAUACUUUUCAAGAAAUAUCAAUAUUAAUUCCUGGUUGUGGACUGGGUAGAUUAGUAUAUGAAAUUGCUAAACUGGGAUUCACUGCUCAAGGUAAUGAAUGGAGUCUCUUCAUGUUGCUUGCCUCAAAUUUCAUUUUAAAUAAUUGCAAGACCAUAAAUGCUUACCAAAUACAUCCUUGGCUACACCAAUAUACCAACAAUUAUCAAACCACUCAACAAACAGCCCACAUAGCGAUUCCAGAUGUAAAUCCAUCCGAUAUACCAGAAAAUUCCAACUUUUCCAUGUCUGCAGGGGACUUUUUAGAAAUUUACACGGAAGAAAAUGCCUGGGAUUCCGUUAUAACAUGCUUCUUCGUCGACACUGCCCAUAACAUAUUAGAUUACUUUGAAACCAUUCAAAAAAUACUCAAACCUGGUGGAUAUUGGAUUAAUUUUGGUCCAUUGCUUUAUCACUAUGCAGAUAUGCCCAAUGAAACGUCUAUCGAACUUAGUUACGAACAAAUAAAAAUCGCUAUCAUCAAAAUGGGGUUCAAACUUAUUAAAGAAAAAUGCAAUAUUCAAACCGGUUACGCGCAAAAUCCAAAAUCCAUGUUGCAAUACCUCUACAACUGUGUUUAUUUCAUUGCUCAGAAACCGAAAUAAUAUCUUUUUUUAAAAAAAAAACUGCGUGUUAGGUCUAUCUGUAAAAAUAAUAUUUCCGGAAAUAAAAUGUGAUCAAAGGUGGAACACUGUUUUAUAGUGGAUCCUCUUAAUAUAUUAUUUAUGUGUAGAAAUAGAUUCGGAAUUUAAAUAAGAAACCUACCUAUUUUUUAAAUAUCAAGAUAACAGUAAAACAACCACUAUUACCCUAUAAUAAACCGGGCUAUAUAGCGAAACCUUUUUUUA